CAGCUCGGGGCUAUCAGUCUGCACUUGUUUACGCUCAAUUUCAUUGAGAACGUCGCACCGCUGCACUCGGGAAUUUCUCGAUGGAGGUGUUGGCUUUGGCUUGAGCUUGGGAGAAUCCCAAUCUCGGCCAGACUUUUCCCGGUGUCGCUGCCAGUUGGUUGAUAAGACAGAUCGGUACACUUGGCUGCUCUAUGACUAUAUAAAGCGUGUUGUUCUCAACACUUAGCAUCAGUUGUCAACGGCUAAUACGCGGGAGUCAAGCUCAGAAUUCAACCACAAAAACCAACAACAUGAAAUUCCUAUCACUCGCCUUCGUUUUGGGUCUGCUGGCUCUGGCCAACGCCACUCCCCUGAAUCCUGGCAAUGUCAUCAUCAAUGGCGAUUGCCGCGUCUGCAAUGUGAGGGCCUAAGGGCAGCGGAGAAUGAAGGAUGCCAGUUGAAGUUCACACAGCCACACAUAUUUUUAAGUCGAAAAUGUAAUAGAAAUUCCUAGAAUCAAGUGCCCAUAUUAAAUAUAUUCCAAACAAAACAACAUAUUAUUUGUAAUGGGGAAAUAUUAUUGAUUUCUAUAGAUAACAACUGAAAGGCAGUUGAGGUUCAGGCAAACCACUUAAAUGUAUUCCAAUUGCAAAAUGUAUUACAAAGUUCUAGGAAAACAAACUAUGAAACAAUCACUUGUCAUUAAAAGACGCUUAAAGUCAGCUUAAUAUUUGUUAUUUGUUAGUUUAGAGAUCUGGAAUGAGAAACAAAUUAUUGAAAAUGAUCUUAG